AUGGCUCCUCCAAGAUCUGGAGCGAGCGGCUACCAAUCCCCCAAUCGUGGAAGACCUGCCUCUUCAAUUCGCAGCUCAGCAAUUCCACUCGACAAGUACCUAGUAUUUGGCGGCGAUUGGUAUUUCCGUAAGGAUGGUAUCGUAGACGUCAAGAAUCGAUUCCAAGCAGCAUUGCAAACGGAGGGCAAGGCCGCCAAGUGCGAGUGGAAUGACGAAACUUACACCUUCGACAUCACUUGCAGCCCCCAGGAUGCCAAACUUGUCCACCACCUGUUCUUCGGUGCUAUAUCUAGUGUAAUUAAGGAGGAAGAACAGAAGAAUGGUAUUCGUGAGGCAGUUAUUUGCCCUGAGCGCAAUGAAUCGGACAGCGACAGCGACAGCAGCAACUGUUCAGAUUCAGAUUCCAAUGAGAGCGAUGCUGCCAUGAGAGUAGAUGAAGAUGGGCCGAUCGAGAGCUGGAAGAUCCAACGUCUUACGGCUUGGAUGGCUCAACAGGGACUCCAGCCUGGCCCGCAGUUUGGUGCUGCAGCUCAGGAACUCGACUCCACUAAGACAUCCGCUGACCAGUAUCCUCCUGAGAUCGUGAACUUGCAAUUCAAGCAUAUCUGGCGCUCGGGGGCAGACAUUCAUUGCGUAACCGAUGGCGAUCUUCAGCAAUUGAACCAAUUGACAGGCUGUCAGCUUGUGAAAGGUCUGGACGGCGGCAUGGUCUAUAUCGGUGCUGGUGCAGAGCAGGAUAUUCAUCUGGCUGUCUUGAAGUUGGAUAACAUUCGCAAGUAUUCGGGCCCAAAGACAUACAAUGCUCACCUUUUUUACACCGAAGAAACAGAAGACUUCGAACUCGCCUUCAAAUAUUUAACAGGCGUAAAGAUAUCCAAGAAACGGUUCUUCCAGACCACCUUACUCGACAAUGUGGAAGAGUUAUCCAGCGACAUAAACAAUUACGACAAUCUUGACAAAGCUCUUACUAUUCGCUGCGCACCCUGGGUCCCCCAUCAAUCAUUGCCUCACAAGAGCCAGUAUAUGCCAACGAGUACCGUCAAACUUCCGGUAUCGAUCACAAAAGGGGAGGACAAGGGCAAAGAGCGAGAAGAGUGGGUUGGGUUUAUUUUCAACCAAAACCAGAGCUGCUCGGGUAAUCCCUUGAGGCACUUUUCUCUGCAACAGCCCGAGGACAAUGCUUUGAAGGGAAUUGCCGCAAAACCAUCCAAAGACAAGGCGUUAGAGACAGCCCACCAACCUCGCCAGUUAGAGAGCGACCCAAAGGUUGCUGAGAUUGAGAGGUGGAAUGCCCAUGUUCCAAAGGCGGCCCCGGUGACCCCCAAAUCAGCUAAGGUUGAACUACCAGUGACGAAUCGGAAGCCUUUUUGGGAUAGUUAUAGGGAAUGGGGUUCUAAGCCAGAUAAAGAGGCCGCUCCUUUGAGACAAUCUCCAGCAUCAGCUGCGAAUACCAUUGGUGGCAACGGCCCGCUGUCCCCAAUUGGCACAAGCCAUAAUUUGCCUGCUGUGGCUCUGAGACAAGAGCAGAAAGCCAGGGCGAAGAAACCCGAGGAAACCAAGGCGCCUAGGAAUGUUUCUGGUGGCGAUAGGCGCUCUUCGUCAAUGAAAACAACUCCGAAUAACAAUCUGGUGAAGGUUGGUGCUGUCGCUACACCACUUCCUAACGAGCCCAUACGUUGCAGCCUCCUCGAUGAAGGCAUAUCUAACCUGGGAUCCGGGUUUGAACCACUUACUCCAGUCCAGCAAUUUCCAAUUGAUAGUUUGCAGGCCGUCGAUGAAGUUGGUACUAGGACCUACCGGAGCACGAUGAACCAGAAGGCCGGUAAACCCAGAAACUCGAUGACUAACAAUCAAAAUCCAACUCGAGGACGACUUCCACUUCCCAGCCCACCAAGAUAUAGAGAGAGCAAGACUGUCGAAGAUCCCCCUGCAGAUCCUACCAUAGACUUUGUGGAAACGUUCAAGACAAACUUUGACAUGAUGAUGCAGGAACUCCGUGGAUUUCGAGGGUCAAUGGCAGUCGAGGCUGAGUUUGGCCGCAUUCUUAUCAGAGACGUCAAGUCCAAACUCGUCGCGGACAAAGACAUGCCGGAUUUAACAAUGGAUCGUAAGAAAUUGGACUUUGUGUUAAGCCCCUCGCCAUUUCCUAACGGCAGCCAGCCAUCGGCAUCAUUCACCAACAAGCUUACUACUUCGGCCGCGGAUUCCGAUGACCUUGUGAAGAUGAAAAAGUCUGAUGGAACGGCACUUUGGGAGUCAAGAAUCAGUUUUCCUUGGGAAAUCAUUUACGAGUUUAUUUUUCAUGACAUCAAUCCCGGAAUGCCUCGUGAGCCAUUCACAAUUGAAAUCGACGGCGAGCGCUUCUCAUCCGAAAUCAAGUUCCGCCAAGACAUGGGAAGCAUCUUUGUCCACGGGGCUAAGAGGCACUGGGACUUCAGGGUCGUUGCCAGUGGAGUUGAAAACAACCAGGAUUUAAAGGAUAGGUACCGUCCGCUCGAGGAAGCUAUACGCGAGUCUCUUUUCGUUCCACCUAAUGCACGGAAACCGGAGCUCUGUUUUGAGUUAAGCAAAUCUCUUCGCAACAAGUUCAAGCUCGAUGAAAUCCGCGUUCACCGAAUUAGCCGGUACAGGAGCAGGGACCGGAAUUCAGUUCUUAAAAUCUCCGAAAUCCAAGCCCUAGACACCAAUGCCAGAGGAGUUCCUGAGAUGGACCUAGUCGUGUUCAAGGCAUGGCUCAACACCAUCCAAUCGAGAAAGGCCUGUCAGAAACUUGAUUCUUGGUACCAAGCCAGCAUCUCAUGUAUCAAGGCACAUGAAAUGCUCAAAGAAAAUAAAACUCUUGAACUGGGUGAGGAGGCAGGUUGGACACCCGUUAGCCUCUCGCGGAUCGAUACCGCUAAAGCUUUGGUUGUGCCGGCCUGUCAGAUGCUGAAGCAGAUGGAUGCCAUUGGCUAUCACAACGACAAUGGUGUCGAGCGUAAGACCCGUGCCCCACCGCCCACACCUGCCGGAACCAAAGCUCCUGAGCCGGAGAUCAUGUUCUGGUAA